UGACCACGGCGGAACUGACUUGGGAGAGCAGCUACCCCGAGGGUUGAUGGCUGGAAUGUCUCGGCUACCGCCCAGCAUGUACUGGUGUGUGGGGCCAGCAGGGUCAGCUGUGUGUCCAGGACGCGCCAUGGAGACCCAGGAGAACGGGCCUGGUUUGCCAGUGGAAUCUCAGGGCUCCACGACGCCCCAGUCUGGAUGGGCCUCGGGACACGCGCAAGGUGCUGGGGACAUGGGCAGCAAACUCUCCAUGCCAGGCGGUGAGCCCAUAGUGCAGAGCCCCAGGACAGAAGGCAUUCAUGCUGCAUACAGGCGAGGAGACGUCAGCAGAGCCCAGCAUCUGCUCCGAGAAGCUUGUGACGAGAGCACAUCCCAGCUGGAAAAGAGCCAGCUCCUGAGUAUCUCUGCAGCCCAUGGUGACCUGGAGACUGUCCGGUAUCUUCUCACUGAGAGGCUGGUGGAGCUACGGACGGAGCCCACCGACGACAACCCCGCCGUGGUGGCAGCACAGUUUGGGCACACUGAUGUCGUUCAGGAGCUACUCGAGUCUUUGCCAGGUCCCUGCAGCCCCCAGCGGCUCUUGAACUGGAUGCUGGCCUUGGCCUGCCAGCAGGGGCACCUGGCAGUGGUGAAGCUCCUGGUCCUGACCUACGGGGCCGACCCGGAGAGCUAUGCAGUCAGGAAGAACGAGUUCCCUGUCAUCGUGCGCCUGCCGCUGUACGCGGCCAUCAAGUCAGGGAAUGAAGAUAUUGCCAUAUUCCUGAUUCGGCAUGGAGCCUUUUUCUGCUCCUACAUUCUACUGGACAGUCCUGACCCCAGCAAACAUAUCCUCAGGAAGUAUUUUGUUGAAGCAAGCGCCUUGCCUAGCAGUUGUCCGGGAAAAAUGGCUCUUCGUGUGAAAUGGUCCCACCUCAAGCUGCCCUGGGUGGAUCUGGACUGGCUCAUCGACAUCUCCUGCCAGAUCACAGAGCUGGAUCUUUCUGCCAACUGCCUGGCGUCCCUCCCCUCGGUCGUCCCCUGGGGCCUCAUUAACCUCCGGAAGCUGAACCUCUCGGACAACCACCUGGGGGAGCUCCCCAGCGUGCAGUCAUCAGAUGAAAUCAUCUGUUCCAGGCUACUUGAAAUUGACAUUUCCAGCAACAAGUUGUCCCACCUCCCACCAGGAUUCCUGCAUCUCUCAAAACUUCAAAAACUGACGGCUUCAAAAAACUAUUUGGAAAAAUUGUUUGAAGAAGAGAGUGCCACAAACUGGAUUGGUUUACGGAAGCUACAGGAGCUCGAUGUUUCUGACAACAAACUGACAGAACUCCCUGCACUUUUCCUCCAUUCUUUCAAAUCGCUCAGUUGUCUAAAUGUCUCCAGAAAUAACCUGAAGGCAUUUCCAGAUGCCUGGGCUUGCCCUUUGAAAUGUUGCAAAGCAUCCAAAAAUGCCCUGGAGUUUCUACCAGACAAAAUGGCUGUGUUUUGGAAGAACCACCUGAAGGAUGUAGACUUCUCAGAAAACGCACUGAAAGAAGUUCCCCUGGGACUUUUCCAGCUUGAUGCCCUCAUGUUCUUGAAGCUGCAGGGAAACCAGCUGGUGGCACUCCCACCUCAAGAGAAGUGGGCCUGCAGGCAGCUCAAAACCCUGGAUCUCUCCAGAAAUCGCUUUGGCAAAAACGAAGACAUCCUUAAAACAAAGCGCAUUUCCUUUUUCACCACCAGAGGCCGCCAGCGUUCGGGGACGGAGGCAGUGUGUGUACUCGAAUUUCCCGCCUUCCUAAGUGAGUCUUUGGAAGUCCUUUGUCUGAACGACAACCACCUGGAUGCAGUCCCGCCCUCAGUUUGCCUACUGAAGAGCUUAUCAGAACUCUACUUGGGGAACAAUCCUAGCCUCCGAGAGCUCCCUCCUGAGCUGGGGCAGCUGGGCAACCUCUGGCAGUUGGACAUUGAAGACCUGAAUAUCAGCAACGUGCCUGCAGAAAUCAGAAAAGAAGGCCCCAAAGCGAUGCUGUCUUACCUGCGUGCUCAGCUGCGGAAAGCAGAGAAGUGCAAGCAGUUGAAGAUGAUCAUCGUGGGUCCGCCGCGUCAGGGCAAGUCCACCCUCCUGGAGAUCUUACAGACGGGGAGGGCCCCCCAGGUGGUACACAGCGAGGCCACCAUCAGGACCACCAAGUGGGAGCUGCAGAGGCCGGCUGGCUCGAGAGCCAAGGUUGAGUCUGUGGAGUUCACCGUCUGGGACAUCGGCGGCCCCGCCAGCAUGGCCACGGUCAACCAGUGCUUCUUCACGGACAAGGCCCUGUACGUGGUGGUCUGGAACCUGGCUCUGGGGGAGGAGGCCGUGGCCAGCCUUCAGUUCUGGCUGCUCAACAUCGAGGCCAAGGCCCCAAACGCCGUGGUGCUGGUGGUGGGAACACACCUGGACUUAAUUGAAACCAAAUUCCGCGUGGAGAGGAUCGCCACUCUGCGCGCCUACGUGCUGGCCCUCUGCCGCUCGCCCUCUGGGUCCAGGGCCACCGGCUUCCCUGACAUCACGUGUAAACACCUGCACGAACUCUCCUGUAAGAGCCUGGAAGGUCAGGAAGGGCUGCGGCAGCUCAUUUUCCAGGUCACGUGCAACAUGAAGGACGUGGGCAGCACCAUCGGCUGUCAGCGACUUGCAGGGAGGCUGAUCCCCAGGAGCUACUUGAGUCUCCAGGAGGCCGUGCUGGCGGAGCAGCAGCGCCGCAGCCUGAGCGACGACGUGCAGUACCUGACCGACCGGCAGCUGGAGCAGCUGGUGGACCAGAUGCCCGGCAGCGACAUCCGAGACUAUGAGGAUCUGCAGUCCGCCAUCAGCUUCCUCAUCGAAACGGGCUCCCUGCUGCACUUCCCGGACACCAGCCACGGCCUGAGGAACCUCUACUUCCUUGACCCCAUCUGGCUGUCCGAGUGUCUGCAGAGGAUCUUCAACAUCAAGGGCUCUCGGUCGGUGGCCAAGAACGGGGUGAUCAGGGCCGAGGACCUUCGGCUGCUGCUGGUUGGCACGGGCUUCACCAAGCAGACAGAAGAGCAGUACUUCCAGUUCCUGGCCAAAUUUGAGAUCGCCCUGCCCGUGGCCAACGACAGCUAUCUCCUGCCGCAUCUGCUUCCAUCCAAACCCGGCCUGGACACCCACGGCAUGCGGCACCCCACAGCCAACACCAUUCAGAGAGUGUUUAAGAUGAGCUUCGUUCCGGUUGGCUUCUGGCAGAGAUUUAUAGCACGGAUGCUGAUCAGCUUGGCUGAGAUGGACCUCCAGCUGUUUGAAAACAGGAAGAAUACUAAGAGCAGGCACAGGAGAGUCACCAUUUAUAGUUUUACAGGAAACCAGAGAAAUCGUUGCAGCACAUUCAGAGUGAGGAGGAACCAGACCAUCUAUUGGCAGGAGGGGCUCCUGGUCACUUUUGAUGGGGGCUACCUCAGUGUGGAAUCCUCAGAUGUGAACUGGAAAAAGAAAAAAAGUGGAGGAAUAAAAAUCAUGUGCCAAUCAGAAAUAAGGGACUUCUCGGCAAUGGCUUUUAUCACAGACCAUGUCAAUUCCUUGAUCGAUCAGUGGUUUCCCGCCCUGACAGCCACGGAAAGUGACGGGACCCCGCUGAUGGAGCAGUAUGUGCCCUGCCCAGUCUGCGAGGCCUCCUGGGCUCAGCACAGCAACCCCAGCGAGAGGUCAGAGGACGUGCAGUACUUCGACAUGGAGGACUGCGUGCUGACAGCCACCGAGCAGGACUUCAUCUCCUGCCCCAGGCACCCUGACCUCCCGGUGCCUCUCCAGGAGCUGGUCCCCGAGCUGUUCAUGACGGACUUCCCAGCCAGGCUCUUCUUGGAGAACAGCAAGCUGGAGCACAGCGAGGAUGAGAGCGCUGUCCUGGGCCAAGGUGGGAGCGGCACCGUCAUCUACCGGGCCAGGUACCAAGGCCAGCCUGUGGCUGUGAAGCGGUUCCAGAUCAAGAAAUUCAAGAACUUUGCAAAUGCCCCUGCAGAUACCAUGCUGAGGCGCCUGCAGGCCACCGAUGCCAUGAGGAGCUUCUCGGAGUUCCGGCAGGAGGCCAGCAUGCUGCAUGCCCUUCAGCACCCCUGCAUCGUGUCCCUCAUCGGCAUCAGCGUCCACCCGCUCUGCUUCGCGCUGGAGCUCGCCCCUCUGGGCAGCCUCAACACCGUGCUGUCCGAGAACGCCAGAGAUUCCUCCUUUAUGCCCUUGGGACACAUGCUCACCCAAAAAAUAGCCUACCAGAUAGCCUCUGGCCUGGCCUACCUGCACAAGAAAAACAUCAUCUUCUGUGACCUGAAAUCCGACAACAUCCUGGUCUGGUCUCUGGACAUCAAGGAGCACAUCAACAUCAAGCUGUCCGACUAUGGCAUCUCCCGGCAGUCGUUCCACGAGGGUGCCCUUGGCGUGGAGGGCACUCCUGGCUACCAGGCCCCGGAGAUCCGGCCUCGCAUCGUGUAUGACGAGAAGGUAGACAUGUUCUCCUACGGGAUGGUGCUCUACGAGUUGCUGUCAGGACAGCGGCCCGCACUGGGCCAGCACCAGCUUCAGAUCGCCAAGAAGCUAUCCAAGGGCAUCCGCCCGGUUCUGGGUCAGCCGGAGGAAGUGCAGUUCCAUCGACUGCAGGCGCUUAUGAUGGAGUGCUGGGAUACGAAGCCCGAGAAGCGACCACUGGCCCUGGCGGUGGUGAGCCAGAUGAAGGACCCAACCUUUGCGACCUUCAUGUACCAACUGCCCUGCGGGAAGCAGACGUCCUUCUUCUCGUCCCAGGGCCAGGAGUACAUGGUGGUGUUCUGGGAAGGCAAGGAGGAGUCCAGGAACUACACGGUGGUGAACACGGAGAAGGGCCUUCUGGAAGUGCAGCACAUGAGCUGUGCAGGAAUGAAACUGAGCUGCCAACUCAAGAUCCAGAACUCGCUGUGGACGGCCACUGAGGACCAGAAGAUUUACAUCUACAGCCUCAAGGGCAUGUGUCCGCUGAACACACCCCAGCGGGCUUUGGACACCCCGGCCAUCGUCACCUGCUUCUUGGCGGUACCUAUUAUAAAAAAGAACUCCCACCUGGUGCUGGCAGGCCUGGCGGACGGCCUGGUGGCAGUGUUCCCUGCGGCGUGGGGCGCCCCGGACUACGGCUGCUCCUACCUGUGCUCACACACGGCCAACAGGGCCAAGUUCAGCAUCCCCGACGAGGAUGCCCGGCAGAACCCCUACCCUGUGACAGCCAUGGAGGUGGUCAACAGCGGGUCCGAGGUCUGGUACAGCAACGGGCCGGGCCUGCUGAUCAUUGACUGCGCGGCCCUGGAGAUCCGCCGGCGGCUGGAGCCCUACGUGGCGCCCUCGGUGGUCACGUCGGUGGUGUGCGGCUCGGAGUGCCGUGGCGAGGAGGUGGUGUGGUGCCUGGAUGAUAGGGCCAACUGCCUGGUGCUGUACCACUCGGCAACCUACCAGCUGUGCGCCCGCUACUUCUGCGGGGACCCCAGCCCCCUAGGGGAUGUGUUUCCCGUGUGCCCGAUGGGCCCGCCGCCCCUGGACAGCCCCGCGGCCAGUCUGAGGGAGCCCGCGAGGGGCUCCAUCGCCGAUGUGAGCUUCAUGUUCAGCGAGGAGCUGGGCACGCAGAUCCUCAGCCACCAGGACUCGCUGACUGACUACUGCUCCCUGUCCUCCUGCUCUGCGGCCUCGCCGCACCUGGCGCCCCCGGCCCUGUCCAGCCUGCCCUGCUCCCCGGCCAGCUCUGCCAGCUUGCCCUUCUCUGCUGACUGCGAGGACACCAGCCAGCUGCCUGAGCCCGCCGUGGACUCCAACAGGUCGGCGCAUGACCUGACCCCCGUGGACGGCGAGGCGUUCAGCCAGCACCUGCAGGCUGUGAAGAUCCUCGCCGUGAAAGACGUCAUCUGGGUCCCCAGGCGAGGUGGAGAUAUCAUCGUCAUUGGCCUGGAGAAGGAGGCAGGAACUCAGCGGGGCCGCGUGAUUGCUGUCUUGAAAGCCCGAGAGCUGACUCAGCACGGGAUUCUCAUGGAUGCUGCUGUGGUGGCAAAGGACACGGUUGUGUGUGGCUUUGAGAAUGAAAAUCUGGAGUGGUGCCUGGCUGUCUGGAGGGGCUGGGGCACGCAGGAGUUUGACAUUUUCUACCAGUCCUACGAGGAGCUGGGCCGGCUGGAGGCCUACGUGCGGAAGAGGAGGUGAUUCCUGUGGGGCGAGCGUUCCCUGGACGCGUCCAGCGUGGGCCUGCAGUCUGAGCCCUCUGCCUGCAGCCCGCAGCCCUCUGAGGACCCAGCAGGCAGGCUGGGUUGUCC